CGAACUUGAGCAGUUGGGAGAUUAGAAAGACAAGGGUAUACGUGAGUAGCGGUCGGUAUGCCCUCAUAUUUCUAUCACCUCGCGGUCGAACUAUUUGCUCGCCCUCAUUCCGAUCUCAGAGGCGCCGGUGCAGGCGCGGACCCCCAUUCUACCACUUCGUUAUCGUUCGACUCCGCAUGUGAAGCUCUGCUUCCGUUCCAGAAACGCCCACGACAUCCACAGAACGGAAUCAACCGUUACGCGCGUCAAACCUCGAAUGGAAAGCGACCCCGAAACUCCUCGUCAGAUCAUUUUGUCGAUACCGCUCACACUGCCGCUGCAAGCGCAUCUACCCCUCCUCAUCUCUAUACAAUAUCUCCAACAAGCGCAUCGGACUUCGAACAGGACCUUCGACUAGACAAAGUCUCGAUCGACUGCGUUGAUAUGAUCCCCUCGAAUCAAGAUACAGCUGUCUCGAACCGGACAGGCUGGCGGGCACCCCGCGACAAUCCCGUCACGACGGGCAUCGGAACGGAUAUCUUGGGCGGACUUCGCACCAAAGGGAAAUACAUACCGUUGGACCAGAGCACGUCGGAAAGCAUCUGGGGUAUCGUGCAUCUCUAUCGGGAUGCACAGGAGACGCCAUACUUGAUUGAAGAGGAGUAUCCUUCCGAGUUGAAAGGAUCCGCGGCCGCGGCCAGACAACCCUUCGAUGAGGGGGCAAGUAGUCGAGGUUCGCGGCAGGAUGCGCUGCGGGUCGAGGAGGCCAUGCCGGACGAGGACUGCACCACGCUAUGCAUCCUCGCCGUGCCGUCGUACAUGUCACCGUCGGACCUCCUGGGGUUCGUGGGCGAGACGACCAUGAACGACGUCAGCCAUUUCCGGAUGAUCAGGACGGCUCGCGCGAAUCGGUACAUGGUUUUGAUGAAGUUUCGCAGCGGGAAGAAGGCGAAGGAUUGGCAGAGGGACUGGAAUGGGAAGGUGUUUAAUAGCAUGGAGCCUGAAACCUGCCAUGUCGUUUUCGUGAAGACGGUCGAGAUACAAGCCAUUGGGUCCGGAACACUCUCCCUGGGCAACAGUCAACAAAAUGCACUUCGCUCCCCGCAUACUACCACAGCCAGUGCGGUUCGUACCGGCUCUGCUUCCACCUCCGCCGCUCCUUCGGCAACGCUCUCAUCCCGACCUCUCGCCCCUCCUACCCCCGCGCUCAUCGAGCUACCUACAUGUCCGGUUUGUCUGGAACGUAUGGACGAGACAACGGGCCUACUGACCAUCAUCUGUCAACAUGUCUUCCAUUGUACGUGCCUCCAGAAAUGGAAAGGCAGCGGCUGCCCCGUGUGUCGCUACACGCAGCACGAUAUCCGUCGCACCAGUCAGGGGAUGCUUAUGUCUCCAGACGAGGAGUCGACGGCCGAGUGCACCGUCUGCCACUCCGAUAUAAACCUCUGGGUGUGCCUGAUCUGCGGCAGCGUGGGCUGCGGGCGGUACGACGGCGCGCACGCCUUUGCACACUACAAGGAGACCGCGCACGCGUUUGCGAUGGACCUGACCACGCAGCGCGUGUGGGACUACGUCGGCGACGCCUACGUGCACCGCAUCAUCCAGAGCAAGACAGACGGCAAGCUGGUCGAGCUCCCCGCCGCGGACCACAGCGCCCUCGACCCGCCGGACUGGACGGACGCCGUACCCCGCGAGAAGCUCGAGAACAUGAGCGUGGAGUACACGCACCUGCUGACCAGCCAGUUGGAGAGCCAGCGCGCCUACUUCGAGGAGGUCGUCGAGCGCGCCGUCGACAAAGCGUCGCAGGCCAGCGCCGCCGCGUGCACCGCGCAGGACGCGGCGCAGACAGCUGUCAACAGCCUGCGCGGCUUGCAGGCGCAGUACGACACGCUGACGGGCGAGACGAUCCCCAGUCUGGAGCGGGACAAGGUCCGCGCGGAGAAGCGCGCGGAGCGGUUCGAGGCCAUGGCGCGCAAGCUGGAGAAGGAGUGGCGUGAGGAGAAGACAAUGAACGGUAGUCUCAUGGAGCGCAUCCAGCAUCUCAGCGCCGAGGUGGAGGCGCUCAAGGUCGCGAAUGCGGAUCUGACGGAGCAGAAUCGCGACCUGACGUUCUUCAUUAGUGGGUCGGAACGCUUGAAGGAUCAGGGCGAGGAUGUGCAGGAGGGAACGGUUAGUGUGCCUGAUCCGCCGAGUGGUGGGAAGAAGAAGGGGAAGGGAAGGAGGAAGUAGUAGGCUAUUUCGUUUCUCACAUGAAAACAGUAGCCGGUUAAACUGAAAUGGCAGUAUCACUCGCUGUCCAAGAACCAUAAUCGAACCGCUGAUAUUCUGCAUGAAAAUAAAGAAACCCAAUAGUCUAUCGGCCGUACACAC